AUGUCCACCAAGCCGCCGACUCGUAUUCCUUCUGGCGGCCGGGUAUUCACUCUGGCGAUCAACUGGAGCGUCGAUACGCCGAUCCAGCACGCGCUCGUCCUCGCCAUCCUCGCAUACGACAUCUUCGUCCUCUUCAAUGUUUAUGACUGGCAUGUCCGGACGGCCAACGUGAGCGGGCACAAGGAGUUCAUCUUGACGGCGGUCGCCGACGCUGCUCGAACGGCAGUUGUCGACCGCCGGCAGUUGACCGGCAAGAUGAAGUCCACUGCGCUCGCAAAAAAUACCAUCGGAACCGUCUUGCCAAGGCGCACAAUAGUCCUCAGUCUGGCGAAGGCCAGUUUCUUCAUCCCGGGCCGCCAUGAAAUAAAUGGCGACUGGCAGAGGCUUGUCAGAGCAACUGGAUUUCACCAAAAUCCAGGGCAAAAGCUUCGCGGCACCGACCCGGUGACAUCCCUCGACCUCGACGAGAGGGGCCUCGGCCCCGCCUCUGCCACCGUGAUCGCGUCGCUGAUUGCGGGCAAUGGGGUGCUGCAAGAACUUUACAUCGGCGACAACCACAUCGGCGACAAGGGCGCCGCUGCAAUUGCCGACGCGCUGCGCGGCAACGGGGGCGCCAAGGCACUGGCUUCCGCUCUGCGCGUCAACGCGGUGCUCACCAACCUUAACCUUGGCGACAACGAGAUCAGCGACGAGGGAGCCGCUUCGAUCGAGGGAGCCACGCUGUGCGCCAACGGGGUGCUGAACAAGCUAGAUGUCUCUCGGAACGAGAUCGGCCCCACCGGCGCCGCCGCGAUCGCCGACGCCCUUAAGGGCAACGCGGUGCUGACCACCCUCGAGCUCGCGCACAACAAUAAGAUCGGCGACGAGGGCGCGAAGGCGAUCGGCGGCGCUCUUGCGGUCAACGGGGUGCUGAACAAACUCUGGCUUGGCGAGAACAACAUCGGCAUCGAGGGCGCGAAGGCGAUCGGCGGCGCUCUCGCGGGCCUCGACACGAGCGGCGGCAAGUCCGCCCUCAUCGCCAGGCUUGACCAGCACGCCGCGCGAAGGACGGAUGGGCUCGACGACUCUCCGUUCCGGCAUCUGUCCGACGACGAGCACCGCGAGAUCUGCGGGGUGCUGCUCGGCUUCCACGCGGCGGACGCCUUUUGCGGCAGGAGGCCCGGCUGCGUCUUCAAGACCGGCGGAUGGGGCCUCGGCUACUAUGUCGACGCGGCGCCCUGCGCGCGCGACCUCCUGAUGUUCGGCUCCACCUGCCGCGACCUGCGCGCAAUCAUGAUGCCGCCGCUGCAGCCGUACGUGGCAAACCAGCUCAAGCAGUUUCGCGACUUUGGCGACGCGCGGCAGCGGACCAUCCGCGGCGAGGCGCACCGGUGCAGCGUCGACAGCAGUCUCGGCUCAGACCCGUUUCGCGGGAUUCAGUGGGCGGGCAUGCCUCGGAAGGUGGAGAAGAAGGAGCUGGCCGUGCUGCAGGCGCCGCGCCUUUCGAGGCGAGGCGAGGCGCUGGUGGACGGCGCCGCUUCACGGCUGACCGGGCACGGGCCGCUCUUCCGGCAGGUCGUCCGCAUGCACAAGGAGCUGCGGCAGUUCAUCGAGAGCGAGGCGCUCGCGCGCAAGCGGAGGCAGGCGCACGGGGACUACCCGCCCCCGUUCUGGAGCAAGGCCUUCCACAAGCGCUGCGUUAUUGCGGCAGGGUGGUUUUUGCAGCCCGGGCUGCCAUAGGUUGAAGCAGCCGCUCCACGACAAGAGGAGCGCACCGCUGUGGUUGGUAAAUGGUAUUAUACCAUUUACCAAUCUAACCAAUCCCACUGUGAAUCCACAGGGCUUGCACCUCAAACCCUCUCCUCUCACAGACCAGCGCACAGCGCCAUAGCCCUAUAGCGCAUAGGAUGUAUUUUCUUUUCUCAAUAACAAGGCUGUGAAACG